AUGACUGUGACAAUUAAAGAAUUAACAAAUCAUUCCUACAUCGAUCAUGAAUUGUCUGCAACUUUAGAUUCGACUGAAGCAUUCGAAGGCCCAGAAAAGUUACUCGAAAUUUGGUUCUACCCAAACAAGACUGCCAUCCCUGUCCCAAAGGCGAAGACUUUGAGAUCGAUAGCAGUUGAAAAAUGGGUCCAUAUCUUAAAAUUGGUCAAAUGUGACGUUUUAUCAAUCAAAUCCACAGAUACAAUGGAUGCUUUCUUAUUAAGUGAAUCAUCUCUCUUCGUUUACGAUCAUAAAAUUACUUUAAAAACAUGCGGCACUACCACCACGUUAUUCUGUCUGGAAGAAUUGUUCAACGUUAUUGAACAUGAAUUAGAUUGGGAUUUAAAACACGAGGAUAAAAAGUACUUCCCAUACAAGGUGUUUUACUCGAGAAGAUGCUUUAUGUUCCCACUAAAACAGCGUUCCAUUCACAAAAAUUGGAAUGAUGAAGUCGAUUAUUUGAAUAAAUUUUUCUGUUACGGUAAGAGUUACAUGGUUGGCAGAAACAACCAAGAUGAUCACUGGAACCUAUACGUCAGUGACACUAGAAAAGAUAUGCAAUCAGAAGAAAAUGCCGAAAAUGAAAAUGAUGAAACCUUAGAAAUACUAAUGACAGGUCUAGAUCCUGCAUGUGCUGAUAAGUUUGUCUGUAAUAGGGAAGUGAAAGAUGUUGUAUUCUCAGAAAAUAACGACAACAAAUCGAAUGAUGACGCUGAUGAUGAAGGCCAUCUACUCGGUUACAACAUGACAAAGAAGACCAGAUUAGACAAAGUUUAUGAAACUGAUUCAAAUGUUUCUUUCCAUCAUGAUGCAUUUGCAUUUUCUCCUUGUGGUUACUCAUCAAACAUUAUUCUACAAAAUGAGUACUAUUACACAUUACACGUCACACCAGAGAAGGGUUGGUCCUACGCAUCGUUUGAAAGUAACGUUCCAGUCAGUCUAUUAGCCCAGCAAACUGGCAAAGAACAAGACAAUAUUGACGUUUUUGGUAGAGUCCUAGACGUUUUUAAACCAAAAGAUUUAUGUUUAACUUUUUUCGCCAAAAGUAUGUCAAAUCCAUCUUUCCAAAAAUUAAUGAAAAUGAGCAAGAACUCAAUACCACACUAUAAAAAAAUGGAUAGAAUCAUUUACGAUUUAGAUGAUUAUCAAUUACUAUACUACAAAUUUCAACGUGAAGAAGAUGUAGAUGGAAAAAUAUGA